AUGAACAAUAUGGAGGAAGAAACAGCUGCGACGACGUUUUGGUGCCACACGUGUUCUCAGACAGUGACUCCAGUUGACAUCAAAUGCCCCUUUUGUCUAAGCGGCUUCCUUGACGAGAUGCAGCAGGAGGAGGAGGAACAACAACGAGAUUCCAAUGUUUGGAGACCAGACAUUCCUGUCUGGGCUUCAUUGUUGGUGGAAAUGACGAACAACUCCGAAAGGAACCAGACUGUUGAGACUGAGAAUGAAACUGAACACCGUGGAGGAGGAGGAGGGGACUAUAUGGAAUCUCGGCUUCAAGAGAUGCUUAGGAGAAGAGGAAGACGUCCUGUUUGCGUUGAGCAGCUGCUUCUGGGAAUACGUGCUGGCUUAACACUUGCACCUGCUGCUGCUGAUGAUAACAAUCAAGAGAGAGGACGCGUGAUCGUCACCAAUCCUCAUAAUCAGAUUGUGGCCGUCCCAAGCUCUGCUGUGUCCGACACUCUGCCUCCUGUUGUUGCUGGUUCUCUCAGCGAGUACUUCAUCGGUCCUAAAUUUGAAGCGCUGCUUGAGACUCUAACUGAGACUGAUCCUAGGAGGUAUGGAACGCCUCCAGCUUGGAGUGAUGCGGUCGAGGCUUUGGCUAGUGUGAUAAUCGUAGAGCCGGGGCUUCAGUGUUCUGUGUGUUUGGAUGAUUUUGAGGUUUUAGCUGUGGGGAAACAGAUGUCGUGUCACCACAGCUUUCAUCCUCACUGCUUGCUCCCAUGGCUUGAGCUUCACAGCUCGUGCCCGGUUUGUAGGUGUCAGCUACCUAUUGUGGAUGGGGAGACAAAUGGUGGGUCUUCUUCGACAAGCAGCAGCAGCCAGGUUUCUUAGAGCACAGAUGGAAACCGAGAUGAUGAUGGUGA